AUGUCCACCCACACAACCCCCCAUCUCGACAGGAAGGUGCUCCUCGCACUAGUCCCUCUAGCCUCCCUCGCAGCUUCCCACGAAGGCAACCCCAACGCCCACGGGCCGGUGAAUUUCUCCGAAAUCGCCGAAAGCAUUACGGCAGCCACGACCUCUACAACUCAACCGACAUCAGCCAUCGAAACAAGCAGGAGCAGCAGCCACUCAACGCACUUGACUCCUUCCCUUCUUCACGGGAUCAUCCCAAGUGUCACCACCACUGCUUCUACGUCCCCAAGUCCUUUGGGGGCAGAUCAGACCAGGACGCAGACAGUUUGGGCCAAUGUCGCCCAAGUGACAGAGGUAGUAACCAUCGUCAAGACACUUACUCCUGAUCAUGAGACUACUUCCCCAACAUCCACCACCAACGCUAUCACGACCUCUACCGCCAGCAAAUCUACAUCAACUUCAACUUCAACAGACACGGACCCCCUCGUCAUCAUCCCCGUCACUGCAACCGUCACAGACCUAAUCAACUAUAAUACAUACACCGCCCCCGCCUCCCUACCGCCCUUGCCUCCUCUUCUUCCUCCUCCUGGUCCCAGGGUCAGCGCCAGCAGCAAAUCGUCGUCGUCGCCGUCGAUCUCGGAUGAUGGUCCGCUGGAAAUCAUACCUGUCACCGGCACGGUAACUGAUUUGGUGGAUUACGAGACUGUGAUGGUGCCGAGUGCGACUGCUACUACGGUGGUGGUCAUCCCUGUCAGUAGUAGCAGCACAACGAAGAGUCAGGACGUGGGACAGAUGCUGGGACAGAUCCAGGGGAUGGGGGAACAGAGCAGUCGUGUGGUGGUGCAUCCUACGGUGAGCGUGGGGGAUCGGUUGACGGUUGUUGUUAGUGGGGGUGAUGGGAGGACGACUAUUACGAGGGCUUCUCCGAUGGCGAGUGCCGGUUCGGCGAUGAAAGGGGAGGGAGGUGGUGGUAAGUUCUGCAAGGAAGAGUAG